AUGGGCGCGGCGGCCGAGCUCGAGAUGGAGCUCGACGCGAAAGCGCUGCGGGAGAUCGAGAAGAAGAAGCGGCUGAUGGAGUUAGACCGCGAUAAGAAGCGCGCGCGCGCCUCGCACGGCGCGAGCGCGUCGUCGUCGUCGUCGUCCGUCGCGCCCGGUCAGCAUCUCGUGAAGAAGUGGGUCGUCCUCGACCUCGGCCAUCGUCCCGACAAGUCCGCGCACGACCCGUGGCGCGAGGGCGAGGACUUCGGCGUGCACUUCCACGGGCUCGGCGACGGCGGCGAGCGCUCGCGGCGCGUGACCCUGCGCGAGCUCCGAGCCGCGUGCCCGAACGCGGAGUGGGCGCGCUUCGAUUCGCGCGACUGGCACUGCGUCACCGGGUGGAGCGCGCGCGGCUUGUCGUUCCGAGGCGUCCCGCUCUCGACGAUCACCGCGCUGCUCUCCCCGCGCGCGGACUGGCGGUGCCUGUUCCAGCGAUCCGCGGACGGGUACGCCGUCGGCGUGCACGUCGACGAGUGCGCGAACGCGUUCCUCGCGGUGACGGACGGCGACGGCGAGGUUCUUUCGGAGGAACACGGCGGGCCUCGGCUCGUCUUCCCGGACUGUUACGGCUGGAAGAGCGCGAAGUUUCUGUCUUCGAUCGAGUUCACCGCGGACGCGAGCGACGCCGCGCGCGGGUUCUGGGAGAAGCUCGGGUGCCACCCGCGCGGACGGUGGGCGCGCGAGGAGCGGUGGGCGCCGGGCGCUUCGAACGGCGUGUGGACGGUUCUCGCGUGGAUCACGGGUUUGUAUCGGAAGCUCUUCGGCGAACGCGUGUGGGAGCUCGUGAUGGUGCACGGCGGCCGCGCGCUCGGCGCCGGCGCGGCGGUCGCGGAGAGGGUGGCGGGGGUGUUUCGAGGGAGCCGCGCGCGGGCGAGACCGCGCGCGGAGUAG